GACAGCAGUUCAUUGUCAGGUCCCAGGGUACAAAGGAGCAAGUAUAUGAUGAUAUUGCUGCUGCCAUGGCCUACCACAAUACCAUUAUUGUUACAACCACUGACCCAGACAAACGUAAGAUGCUCAUUGAUGAAGUCCAGAAGGUAAAGGUUGCAGCUGAAGCUUUGAAAGCUGCGACAAUCUCACAGAAUGCAGCAGAAACCUUAGUCAAGCAGGAAGAGCUCUUAACCAGUGCUUCUAGUGUGCUGGGGGAGUGGCUUGAUAAACAAAAAGGAAUGGAUAUCACCGAUAACUCUAUAUUUGCUGAACUACCACGCCAUUAUGAAGAUGAAUUCAACAAAGACAUGGAAGCUCUUAAUGUACUUCCUGCCGACGUUGUCACAAGGGUCUCUGAAUUUGUACCCCAAAUUGUUGAGUAUAUUAAAAAAAUCAUGUCUAAUGGUUAUGCCUAUGAAUCAAAUGGUUCUGUAUACUUUGAUGUGGGGAAGUUUGAAGGCAAAGGCAACCAUUAUUAUGCAAAAUUGGUGCCAGAAGCAUACGGGAAUCAAGAAGCCCUGGAGGAAGGUGAAGGAGCCCUCUCUCUGAACACCGCUCAGGAAAAGAGAAGCCCUAAUGACUUUGCACUGUGGAAAGCCUCCAAACCUGGUGAACCAGUUUGGCCCUCCCCUUGGGGAUUGGGUCGCCCUGGCUGGCACAUUGAAUGUUCUGCAAUGGCCUCUGGUGUUUUGGGAGAAUCUCUGGAUAUACACACUGGUGGUGUUGAUCUUAAAUUUCCUCACCAUGACAAUGAGCUGGCACAGUCUGAAGCUUAUUUCAACAACGACCAUUGGGUGCGUUACUUCCUGCACACUGGUCACCUGCACAUCGAUGGUUGCAAGAUGAGCAAGAGCCUUAAAAACUUCAUCACCAUCAAGAAGGCCCUUGAGGAAAGUUCAGCUUCCCAUCUUCGCAUUGCUUUCCUCCUGCAUUCCUGGAAGGACACCCUAGAUUAUAGCUCGAACACAAUGGAGGGAUCUCGACAGUAUUACAAAAUGUUAAACGAAUUCAACCUGAAUAUACAAGAUCUGAUUCGUCGCACUGGUUGCACGAGCACCGUAUGGACUUCACAAGAGGAGUCUUUGCAGUCCUUGUUCAACUCUUGCAGAGUUAAUGUCCACAAAGCUCUCUGCGACAACAUUGACACAAGAAGGGCUUUGGAUCACAUACGAGACGUCAUUACAGAGGCCAAUAAAUACAUGAAUAACAGUGUUAAGGUAAACUCUCAAUUAUUAAUAAACAUCAACAGCUUUGUAGGAAAAUUGAUGAAUAUCUUUGGUGUUCCUGUUGGAGACAGAGGUGCUUCUGGAGGCCAGGGGUCAGAAAAGUUAAUUGCUGUAGCAGAAGUGGUUGCCAAUAUCCGAGAGCAGCUGCGACAGUGGGCUCGCGAUAAGGAAAAGGAUGUUAAGGAGCUUCAGAGACAGCUGCUAGGACUGUGUGACAACAUCAGAGAUGACUUCCUGCCACCCCUUGGAAUCAGAUUGGAGGAUAGAGAAGGGGAAUCACCUUGCAUAAAGUUGGUGGAUGCAGCAGAACUGAUGCAGGAAAUACAGGCCAAGAAAGAUCAGGAGGAGGCAAGGAAACAAGAAAAAGCCGUGAAGAAAUCUGAGCAAGCAGCAAAGGCACCUGCCGAGACACCAAAAGAUCCUAAGGAUAUGUUCCAUACACCUGAGUACUCACAGUGGGACAGUAAUGGCAUUCCCUCACAUGAUAAGGAUGGAAAGGAAAUUUCAAAAAGCCAGAUGAAAAAGUUGACCAAGCAAAUGGAGGCACAAAAAAAGAAAUUUGAUAAGUGGCAAGCCCUUCAGCAGUCCUAGUGUGGUAUCCCUGCGCUAGGUGAUAGAUGGUGAUGGACUUUGAAGAUCCUGAGUGAUAAUUUAUUGCAAAACUUGAAAAUUUUGUAUUGCUUUGUCAGGGUCUUGUUUACUGCAUUUAUUUAGUAAAUAAACUUUUUAUAAGGCAAUAUCUUGUAACUCAAUUAAAAGUGAAAUAUCA